AUUGGAUUGAAAAGAACACCUUAUUCUCCUAAAGCCAGUAGUUUGUAAAUAACACAUAUUAGUUGGGCUUCAUUGUUUGGCAGACUUGCAGGGGACUUUCCGAUGUAGAGGUAUAAAUAGUUGGUUUCAGUUUCACCUUUAUCAGACCAUUUGGCUCAUACACGUUCCUAACAGCCUGUCGAGGUCAGACGCGUUACAGCUUUAUUUUUGACACAUCGGGUUUACUAUUGGAGUCUGUCAAGUCUCUGAGGCAGCAAACUCACCUUGUGGAGAGGAAUUCAAUAUCUACGCGUAAUGCAGAAAAUGAGCUACUUCUUCCCCUUGGUUUGCAUUUGCAUGGACGUGUGCGCUGUGCACGCCAUUCGUCUAGCACAGCUCUCACCUCUCCUCCUCCCCCAACCUUUCAUCACCUUGUGGGGGGGAGCUCUGACCAGGGCCUUCAUCCUGGGUUUUCUUGCCUUCACUUACCCCGGAGGCCUCCCAUGGGUGAGAAGCUUUGAGGGACUUCAAAGCAUAGCCGUCCUUUGCUUCCACUUUCCGGUGUACAUCACUCUCCUUUGGCAGCUGGGCCAAUCCACUGUUGAAGAACUGUGGGGAUGGCACUCCUGGGAACGGGUGUUACAGGGCUAUGCCGUUACAGCGGUGUCAUGGCUCUACUGGAGUCGAUACAUCUCGUCCUUUAUGACCAGAACUCCGUCACAGAAGAAGGAGAAGAAGCCCGGACCGGACAGUAGAGACUCUCUGAAGAGACUUAUGGGAUACAUGCUGCCGUAUUCGGCUCGCUUCAUUGUGGUGUUGGCUCUAGUUGUUCUCUCGUCUUACGGCGAGAUGGCUAUUCCCCAGUACACUGGUCGUAUGGCAGACUGGAUCAUAAAUGAAGAAGCACCCGAUGCAUUCUCCCAAGCCAUCACAAUCAUGACAGUGUUGACUUUCGCCAGUGCUGUGUUUGAGUUUAUGUGCGACCUGACCUAUAACGUCACCAUGAGCCUCAUUCACACCUCAGUGCAGGGAGCCGUUUUCCAGGCCGUUCUCCGGCAGGAGAUCGCUUUCUUUGAUGCCACUUCCACAGGUGAGCUUGUGUCCCGUAUUACCACGGACACCAACGACAUGAGCGAAGCACUGAGCGAGAAGCUGAGUCUCCUGAUGUGGUACACGGCUCGUUUCGGUUUCCUGCUCUACUUCAUGGUCAGCCAGUCGUGGAAAAUGACUCUGCUGACCUGUAUGGGACUUCCCAUCAUCUGGGUCAUCCCUGAGCUCACUGGACAUUUCCACCAGACUAUUGCUGUAAAGGUUCAGGACUCUCUGGCAAAGGCCAACCAGGUGGCCACCGAGACCUUCUCCAACAUGAAGACAGUGAGGAGUUUUGCCAACGAGGACGGAGAGACAGAGAAGUACAGGCAACGACUGGACGAAACAUAUUCUCUCAACAAAAAGGAGGCCGUAGCUUACGCAGCUUCUACCUGGGCCAACAGCAUGACCACUUUGGCCUUGAAGGUGUGUAUUUUGUACUAUGGUGGGACCCUGGUGACCCGGGGGGCUGUUAGCAGUGGAGACCUGGUCUCAUUUGUUCUCUACGAGCUACAGUUUGCUUCCGCUGUUGAGGCUGUCAUGCGCUACUACCCAGAGGUAAAAAAAGCAAUUGGUGCCUCGGAGAAGAUUUUUGAAUAUCUUGAUAGGAAACCUCAAAUACCUCCUCCUGGCAGUUUGGCUCCUGAGAAUUUCAAAGGACACGUUCAGUUUAAAAAUGUUCGCUUUUCCUAUUCUGGAAAGACAGAUGAGAACAGUCUUGUACUUAAGGAUGUGACUCUGGAGGUAACGCCGGGACAGAUCACUGCACUUGUUGGACUAAACAGAUCAGGGAAGACGACCUGUGUGAAGCUACUUGAGAGGUUUUACCAGCCUCAAUCUGGAGAAAUCCUGCUGGAUGGGAAACCACUGAAAAACUACAAAGACCAGUACCUACAUGAAAAGAUUGCUGUGGUGAGCCAGGAUUGCGUGUUGUUUGCGCGAUCUGUCCGGGAGAACAUCAAGUACGGCUGCGAGGGCGCAUCAGACGAGGACAUGUACAGAGCUGCUGAGCAGGCUAGUGCCCACAAGUUCAUCACUGGACUUUCAAAAGGAUACGACACAGAUGCUGGUGAGAAGGGGGGUCAAGUAUCUGGAGGUCAAAAGCAACGCAUUGCCAUUGCCAGAGCUUUAAUUAGAAAACCGAAAAUCCUGAUCCUGGACAACGCCACUAGUGAUUUAGACACAGAAAAUGAAUACCAGGUCCGUGAAGCUCUGUCAAAGCUGGCAGAGAACUGCUCUGUGCUGAUGAUCUCCAACAAAAUGAGCGUCGCAAAGACAGCCAGUCAUAUCAUUGUCCUGAACAACGGGACAGUGGAGGAGGAGGGCAGUCAUAAUGCUCUCUUGGAGAAAGGUGGCCUUUAUUCAGAAAUGGUAAAGAAACAGGAAGAGGGCUUCAAACGUCCAACAGAUGAAAGCAGUGGUCAGCAGUGACCUGCCUGAGGGACUGUAAAAUGACUUAAAGUUGGAUGGAUAUUUGGAGUUCAGGUGAAAACUUAAGCAAAACUCAUAUUGGUAAAAAUGCUCUUAAUAUGAAACAACACUUUUUACUGAAAAUAUUUACUUGAGUUUGACUCCGUAAGACAAUUGCACCUUGAAAGGGAAGAGAACUACAUCUUUAAGAAAAGGGUUUGCAUUACCAACAUGUUUUAACAGGAAGUUAAAUCCUUAGAUCCUAUCUCAUUGAAAUAGAAAGACAAGAAACAUAAUCUUUUGUUCACAAAAGCCACAAAACUUAAAGAAUCAUGCAUGUUGAAUGUUUUAUUAUUGUCAAAUUGCCCACUUCUAAAUCCUGCUGCACAGCUUUUACAAGGCUGUAAAAACACACAUGUUGUGCCCUAAAAUAUUGGAAUGUGAAAUAUAUUUAUUUUGUACAGAACAGAAACUUAAAUGACAAAAAUUAACGAUUAAUUUAUUCAGGGCUUUUAUUUAUAUUGAUCAUUAGAAAUGUCACAGGAGAAAGUACAGACUUAUCUUAAUUUUAAUCUUGCACUUAAACAGACAAGGUACAUGCCUGAGCUUGUUCUGCUUCACGGUAAAGCUAAGAAAUUACAUAUCACGCCUUUUACUCUUUCCAUGUAAAAGAGUAAACGAGAGUAUUUCCAUCUUGUGGAAAUAAUUUUUUACCUUUUUUGCAAAAAAAAUUGAUUUUCAGGUGAUUUAAGACAGUGCCUCUAAUAUUUUCUGUUAAUCCACUCAAACAGAAUCUCUUUUGUAGCAGCCAACUCUCCAAAACAUGGCCCCAGCAAUCCUGUUUAUUCUGUUAAAAAACAGCUGAAGUCCAGCAAACCGUUAUUUCAUUCAUGGCAUAUUUCAGCAUGACACAUCAAAUGCCAAUUAAAAGCAUCAACUGACAUGUUUCAAUCGUGAGAAGAAUUACCUGCUUUGCAGAAGCAGAUUCCCUUAUGCCUCGUUGUUGAAUUUAUAUACUUUUUGGUUUAUAGUCCUGAAAAUACUUUUGACAACAUUUUGCUACUUUUAAAAAAUGUGGAUUGUUUGGAUCAGAUAUUUUAUUUAACCCCUUAAUUGUCAUUUCCAAAAUGCUUACAUGUAAGCCAAUGCAUCCAUGAGGACACUGGUGUCCUCGUGACAUUAAAGGGGAAGGAAAGUAAAAGUCAAACUCAUCUUGCACGGAGUGCAAUGGAAAACCAACCAUUCCUUUAAUGCUACAAAUGCUAGUAAAGCUAAAAUAUAAUCCUAUCUUUUAUGAUUUUCACAACAAAUUUGAGGUCCUAUUAGCUGUCUCACAUGGGCCAGGCCAGCAGGUGGAAAGAUUCCUCUCAUGUAACAUUAUGUGGUCAGUUUUUUUUUUCUAUAUUUUAUUUCUAUAUUUCACAUUCUUGAGCUGGUUACAUGGCGCAGGAAAAUAUAUGAUAUGGAUAACUGUACAACAACUUCAGAAACUCCAUAAUAACAAUCAAAAGACAACUUUUAUAAUAAAAAACAGAAAAAGAACAUUUUUCUGUUUAUUUUUUGUUUUGUUUUGCAAUCAUGUUUAUCUAAUCACCAAUAUCAUUAUGCUUGCAAAUACAAAUAGAAAUAUUUUUUAAAACACUUCUAACAGAUAAAGAUCACUUAGUGUUCCACAAGGACAAAGCAUAAAAAUCAAAGGCAUUCAUAAAUCACCUCUAAUCAUCAUGUGCAUAAUUCCCUAAAGCUGACCAGCAAUGUUGAAAUGUUACUCAGCAGGAAUGCUAUCUGAUCAAUAACCUUUUUUUCACUUGUGGAUUCAAGAUCAAUUUGAAGCUCUGGGUUCUAUCAUUAUCUUUUUUUUCAAACAUGGGAGUUAUUUCUUUUUUUUUUCUUUAGCCUGGUUGCUUUCCAAUAUCCUGCUUCAAAAUCACCCCGACAACCACUUUAGUUAGAAAAGAGUCUUUAGUGACCUUCAUAAACACUUUUAUCAAGAUAAUAACAAAUACAGUAAUACACAAAACCAGAAAACGAAUAAAAGGCAUUGAAAGGGACUUUUGUACAACAAAGCAGCAUUUAAAAACAUAUCUGUUGCUUUGAGAAAUCUAAUUUUUUCCACCUGGUAACAAAACAGAUGUAAAGAAAUGAUGUCUGUUAUUUUGAAAAGAAUUUGGUUUGUGAGUAUUCUGUUCAUAUGCUUGAGUACAUUUUCUGUCUUUUAUUCUUAUUGCAAAAUUUCUAAAUGUUUUAAUGUGAAAUUGUUUUGUUGGAUUCAAACAGACAUAUAGCAAUAAACUCUUUUUUAUUAUUA